AGCCACUUCACAAUUCACUCUUUCGGACUUUUGGCGGUUCCAUUUUGGCGGGAAAAGCUCGAAAGAAAGAAGAGGCGCAUCCAUGGCGGACGAGCAAGACGCCGGUCUGGGUCAGGUGGUGGAGGAGUACACCGUGUGGAAGAAGAACUCGCCGUUCUUGUACGACCUCAUCAUCUCUCACCCUCUCGAAUGGCCUUCUCUCACCGUCCAUUGGUCCCCUUUGGCCCCAAUUACCCACCCAAACCCUAAUCUUUCCGUCCACAAGCUCGUCCUCGGGACCCACACCUCCGAUGGCUUCUCCAAUUUUCUCAUGGUCGCCGACGCUUUCCUUCCCGCCACCGCAUCGGAAACCGCCUUCGACACCAGUGACCCAAACACUAUUAUGCCCAAGCUGGAGAUUACUCAAAAGAUACGCGUUGAUGGGGAGGUGAACAAGGCACGUUACAUGCCGCAGAACGGGUCUGUUGUCGGUGCGAAGACGAGUGGCUGUGAGGUGUACGUGUUUGAUUGUGCCAAACAGGAGUCUAAGCCGCAAAGUGGUUGUGAUCCGGAUUUGAGGUUGAGGGGCCACGACAAGGAAGGGUACGGAUUGUCUUGGAACCCCGGAAAGGCUGGCUACAUCUUGAGCGGUUCACAUGAUAGUAAAAUAUGUUUGUGGGAUGUGUCUGCGUUGGCUGAAGAGAAAGUGCUUGAUCCAAUGCAUGUUUAUGAGGGUCACGAAAGCGUGGUGGGAGACGUGUCGUGGCAUUGGAAGAAUGAGAAUUUAUUUGGGUCUGUUGGAGAUGAUUGUAGAUUGAUCAUAUGGGACUUGCGCACAAACCAGAGCCAAGACUCUGUCAAAGCUCACGAGAAAGAGGUGAAUUAUCUUUCUUUCAAUCCAUACAAUGAAUGGACUUUGGCUACGGCAUCUUCAGACACGACUAUUGGUUUGUUUGAUAUGCGGAAGUUGACAGAGCCGUUGCAUGUUUUAAGCAGUCACGAAGAGGAGGUAUUUCAGGUUGAAUGGGAUCCUAAUCACCAAACGGUGUUGGCAUCAUCUGCUGAUGACAGAAGGCUCAUGAUUUGGGACCUUAACAGGAUUGGGGAUGAGCAGUUGGAGGGAGACAGCGAUGAUGGCCCUCCGGAACUUCUCUUUUCUCAUGGGGGUCACAAAGCUAAAAUAUCAGAUUUCUCUUGGAACAAACAUGAGCCGUGGGUGAUUACAAGUGUAGCUGAAGACAACACUCUUCAAGUCUGGCAACUUUCUGACAGUAUAUACGGCGAUGAGUACGGUGGCUGCGCACUUGAUGACUGAUCUGAAUACUCGCCUGGGUAAUCUUCCUUUGAGCAGUGAACUCUCAGACAGCCUUUUGUUUUCUUCGUUCACCUGGAUAAUGAACUGUGGGAUUUUGGUGGGGUUACACGAAUCCCUUAGCUGUGAAUGAUUUACAGGACUUAGAGAGAUUAGUUAGCACCUUAGGUCUUCUUUAUGCAUUAUUUUGUUUCGGAAAACUGGUUUUUGCUGAUGCCUGGUACUUUGUUAAUCAUGUAGUCACUAUGAAAAUAGUUAUAAUCUUCUAUGUUCAGUAUGAAAGUUGGAAGAGCUUGGCCAUCCGAGGUUUCACAUUUAAA